GUAACUGUUCAUUUUUCGAAUAUGGACUUAAAAUCACUAAAAGCUAAGCGUUUAUUUAUUUAACAUGUUUUGCUUUUUAAUGUUUCGCUUAUUUCUUUAUUUUUUAUUUUAGAGUUGAAAGGUCAUUUUAUUAAUGACAAAGAUGGCGGCCUCCAUAGUAGAGCAUGGAGAAGAUGCAUUUAGAAAAUUGUUCAAAUUUUACAAGCGAAGAAAUCCUCCACCAGAUCUCAGUGAUGUCAUUGACUUCUCGAAAAUUGUAAAACAUGAGAAGGUCUUUCCCACCGAACUGAAUCCAGGUGCAGUGAGUGAUGCGGAGGCCAGGAGGGCGGGCCUUCGCCCCAUCAGAGACUGGACAGCCUUUGGCUUGCAGGGUUAUCCAGGGUUCAUCUUUAUAUCCAACCCGUUCCUGCCAGGUUCCCAGCAGCACUGGGUGAGACAGUGUCUGAAGACCUACCCAGAGAAACCCAACGUGUGUAAUCUGGACAUGCACAUGGCACCCACGGAAACACAAGACAUCUGGGGGAGGAGUGCAGACACGCUCCGGAAGACAGGUUCGAGGGUCAGGGAGCCCAAGACACUGCUAGAGAAGCUUCGCUGGGUGACCCUGGGCUACCACUACAACUGGGACACCAAGACAUAUUCAGCAGAUCACUACACUCCGUUCCCAUCAGAUCUCCACUCUAUAUCCGUCCAUGUGGCCGCAGCCUGCCGAUUUCCUGGGUUCAACGCAGAAGCUGGAAUCCUCAACUACUACCGCUCCGAUUCGUCACUCGGGAUCCACGUAGACGAAUCAGAGCUGGACCACACUAGACCCCUCCUGUCAUUCAGUUUCGGCCAAUCCGCCGUCUUCCUGCUUGGUGGAACUCAGAGGGAAGACCCGCCCACCGCCAUGUACAUGCACAGCGGUGACGUCAUGGUAAUGUCAGGACACAGCCGCCUCCUCUACCACGCCGUGCCUCGCGUCGUCCCCGCCCCCAAGGGAGACCCCUUACACCCCUCUCUGGAGGAGGAGGGCCUAGGCCCAGGGUCAGACCAGGGACUCGCCCAGGGAGAGGCCACCCUGAUCCAGCCGGUAUCAGAGGAGGACUGGGCGGUGUGCUCCAGGUACAUCCAGACCUCCAGGGUGAAUAUGACCAUCAGACAGGUGCUUGGGUCUGGCCAGGCCUUCCCUGCGAUGGACACGAAAGACAAACGAAUAGACGUGGGACACACGGAUGGGUACCAUGACAACCAGGAUGGAGAGAAUGUGGGACUGAAGAGGAGGAGGAGUGACUCAUGAGACACCACACCAAAUGAGGUUACAUGUAUGGACUGUUAAAUGUUAACAGGUCAAAGAGGAGUACCAGAAGACAGUUAUAAUAACGAGAUCUACUGUACAGUGUUACCUCUUAUGAUUAAUAUUUAUUUCUGGAUAAUUUCACAUGGUGAUGUUGUAAUAAAUGUGACAUUGUAUUUAAA